AAUUGUUUUGAUCCCAUAUUCGAUCAUUCAAUCCUAAGGCUAUGAAAAUAUGUACUAUUUAUGGCUUCCAGUGUCUAUGGCAUUUUUAUCAAUCUUCCUUAUGUGGUUUUGGAUGCAAUGGCGCGAAAAACAAGACAGGGCCAUACUGGAAGAGGUUUAUACAUAUUUUGUAGUACAUUUGAUAAAAUAUUUAAUAAUUAUUGGACGAGGUUGAUGUUCAGCAUAUCCAGAAUCAUUUAGACCAAGUUCAAUGUCAUAGCCAUAGGUCUGAGGCGGAUAGCAUUGACCGAGAGCCAGGUGUGCAUUAGCCUGUGUCCCAGUCCACUUCACUAUGGUGAAGUGGACUAGCUGGGACACAGGCUAUAGGUAUGCAUUGAAUGAAGAAUUCUGGAUAUUCUGCGAAAGCCCAUUCCAAUUAUUGUUUCAUUAUUCAUUCUAUGAUACUAACAAAUAAAACAAACAAAUACAAGUCGUUUAGCCCCCAAGUCAAUUCGCGCCCGAUCACCAAUCAAUGAUUGGCAAGAAAUUUGCUUAUGAUCGGCAGAAAAGCAGGGUUUCCAAAUUCCAACCUGAGAAAGCAGGGAAAAUCAUGACUGCUGAGCACCAUGAUCGGGAACUUUGGGAACGCUAUUUCAAGCCCUGUUGUUCUUGCAUGCAUUUUUAUAUAUUUUGCAAAAAAUGUUUAUUGCUUUAUUGGAUAAGUUUUUGGGGGGCAAAACAACUUUCACAUCUAAUGACUUGGGGGGAAACGACUUUGAUAUCGAAUAACUUUGGGAGAGAAUUACAACUUGGGGUGAAUCGAUCGAUCGACGUGGGGGCAAAACGACCGGAUACCAAACAAACAAAAAAUAAAUUCCGGUUAUCCAUUUAUUUAUUCAGGGUCAGCACUAAAGGGGGGUGUGAAACGUACACCCCCAGCAGUCAUCAGGUAGUCAGAAAAAUAUUGAAGCCAGUCGGCAAAUUGUUUUAAUUUGUAGUUGGCAAAAUAUGAAUUUGGAUAGGAAGAAAAAAUUAAAAUAUUCGAGUGACACAGAUUAAUUAAAAAUUAAGAAUGAUUACUGCUAAAAUGUAGAAAAAUUUAUGAAGCAUUAGGAGAAAAUGGAGCAGACAACGGUGGUUAUAUAAACACAAAAUAAGCUCACAAAUAUGAUGUCUGGAUCCCCGCCAACAAUUUUGGGAAAGGAAAUAUUAAUUAAGUGACUCGGCAAAAUUUCCCUUUAUAACUCGGCAAAAUUCACUUACACCCCCCAUUCAAAGAGGUCUAGUACCUCCCCUGGUUUUGUUUUGCAAUGAAAAGUUAUUUUGGACUGUUUAGUAUGUCUUAGUUUGUUUUUCUUUCACCACCAAUUUAUUUUAUCUGGCAAGGGAUUCUUUGUGUUUAAAACAGACUGGUAAUUUGAUGUGCCUCCAGAUUUUUCAUGAAGUUAUAGGCCACUAAUUUUUUUACCUAUAAGUCAGACUGCUUUUUCGCAAGCUGAUUUGUCAUUUGGAUGUUAGGGUUUGUAAUUCCAAGCGAAUAUAUAUACAUCUUAAGACCUAACCAGGAAUUAUGCAGCACAAAUUUAGGUCCUCUGGUAUUAUACGGCCCUGCGAAAUCUUCUGGUUCAAUUCUUACCAGAGGAACUUGUGCUGCUUUUUUCACAGUCGUUCCUGGUCAAUCCAAAUUAGGUUCAAUUCCUACCAGAGGACUUGUGCUGCAUUUUUCCUGGUCGUUCCAUAGGUUCAAUUCCUACCAGAGGGCCUUGUGCUGCAUUUUUCGCAGUUGUUCCUGGUCAGGUCUUAAAAUAUAUAUAUAUAAUAUUCAUGCACUUGGAUUACAAACCCUAACAUUCGAAUAUUAAUUCCACCAAGUGAAGUGCAAGAAACCAAAUAAUUGAUUUGUCAUUUGUAGGCUGUGAAUGCAACCCUGAAACUGAGCUUGUGAUAUCCCACAUGGAUAUUGGGAUAAUGCUUUGGGAUAAUGCAAUAGCUUGUCUGGUAUAUCCCAUGGAUAUUGGUAUGAUGCAAAUUUCAAGCCUUUUAUUCUAACCAUGUAUAGGACAAAUCAUUGACUGAAGAAAUAAAAACCAACUUGAAUCCUGACAUGUUGAGCACAAGUUCCUGCAGUAACAUGCAGCCAUGCACUGAGGUGGUCAAUCAUGAGCGGAAUGUUUCGGAGAAAUGUGAAGAUGUUGAAGAGAAAGAAGUGGAAAGGAGGUAAUAACUAAUAAGGGCAGACACAUGGGCGAUUCCUAAGUUGAUAUUAUGAAGUUACUCAGGGGCCUCAGAGAUAUUGUAAAUGAUCUGACUAGUACACAUCCACUCUCUAAUAUGAAAACCCUACUAUCUAAAUAGAUACCCAGUUACACCAAAAUUUUGUAAUAGAUAACCCUCUCUGUUAAACACCCCAUGUCCAAUAAAUUUCAGGCCUUAAAAUAUCUUUUACAGGGCCGUCUGACAUUUGUAUGAUGAUGUCCGAUGACCUUCAGUUCAGUUUGACUCGGAAAUAUCUGAAUGACACAAAUUAAUAUUCACACAAUGUAUUACAGUUCCGAACGGUAAAUGUUGUAAAGAUAUUAAAUAAUUUCUGUCAUUCAUGUUUAUUUCCAAGCCAAGAUUAACUUGCUUGCCUAUAACAGCAGUAAGACUUCGACAACUUAAACCCGUUUUCCAAUUCACCAUUUUGCUUGCCACCCAGCGCUCAAUUACAUUAAAACAACAUUUCCAGUUCACCUUUUAUACUUUACUUUGAUUCUCCAUUUAACAUACGAGCCUCUAGUCCUGGACUGGGGUACGUCGGGCAAAGCUACAGUUCGGUCGGACGGAUCGGAGAAACAUUAAACUUCAGUUUCACUUAGGUCGGACAGAUGACAAUCCAGAAUACAUUGUCUUCUGGAUUGUCUAUGAUAAAACAUGCUAGGGCGUAGAACAGCCCUAUGUAAAAAUAAUUACUGUAAAUGGCCCGUAAUAGACUUCCGCAAUCCAAUGGGAUGUAUGUUACUGGUUUUUUCGAGGAUUACAGCAAUUUUUGGCGCAAAAAUCUCUCUUUCUCCCAUGAGAAUAUUUUUAGUUCUGUCUCUCAGUAAUAGCAUUACCCACUCUCCCACAGGAUACACACCUAAAAACGCGCAAGUUUUUAUAGAUCUGCACGACUGCACACAAGUUGUAACACGGUCUUUUUGGCUGUAUAAUUUAUAAUAACAUUAUGAAAUUAGUUAAAGUUCAAUUUUAUCGGGAGGAUUGGGGGGGGGGGAAGGCAGUUGUCCCUGCUCCCUGAAUUCAGCUUAGCUCUCAACUGCAAAUAACUAACUACAGUAGCCUAGUGAUUAAAUUAAUACUUUUUAUUUGAAUGACUUAUAUAAGUAAAAAGUAUUAGAAAUUGCCUGGUGUAGUGUAACAUGGCCUGGUUUUAAUCGCAAUUCUUCGGCUAUGUUCUCAUGGUCCAUUGGCCGUGAUCAAUAAAGAAGAAAAUACUUCUCGAUAGACAAAUAAUUUAAUAUUUGAUGGUAUUGUGUAGAUGGAAAUUGUCGAGUGGAAAUUUAUAUACAUUUAUUAGACCUAACCAGGAACAGAAGCGAAAAAAUGCAACUUUACGUCCCUGGCAGGAAUUGAACCUGCGAUUCCGGUGCAGCGCUCUAACCAUGCAACUGAGCUUUAGAGGCCUGCAGUUGUCGAGCUCUAACCACAAGUUUAUGUAUAUAUACUAGGGUACUGCCACGGUAUAGGUUAUAGGUAAAUAUCAAGAUUUUUGUGUCAUCUCACUCGAAUGAAUAAUAUUUGAUGUGUGUUGUGGAUGGAAAUUGACAUGUUUAGUUUUUAGUUUUAAUAAGUUUCGUACAUGCAUCGUUAUACGAGGGUUCAAACAACAGAGCAAGCUCCAAUCAAGGUUUAACUCCGAAGUGGUUCAAUUCCUGUCAGGGACCUAAAUUUGCAUUUUUCGCUUUUGUUCCUGGUUAGGCUUAAUUUUUUUGGCUUUGUCGACUGGGGCAGGCUCACCACAACAGCAUAUGCCUAUUACUGUGUGUCCUUUUACCUAACCCAUUUUGUCAACUUUCCCUGUGGGAAGGAAACGGAGUACUCGGAGUAAACCCACGACUUUCGGCAGAGCGUUGAUUUUUGCUCUUCUCACAUGAGGACUGGGUUCGAGUCGCAUUGAGAAAGUACUCGAUGAGAUCUGAACCUGCGCCCUUAGGGGUGAAAGGCAAGUGCGUUAACCACUUCGCCACGGAAUUUCCACUCGAAAAUUUCCAUCUACAAUACCCAUGAAAUAGUAUUCAUUCGAGUGAGCUGCCACAAAAAUCUUGAUAUUAAUUUUAAAGAGUUUAAUACACCAAUGGCAAUGACUAUUGACAUUUGACAAUGGAGCUGGUUGAGCAAUUGGGAUAUAUGAAAACCAGGCUUUAAUAGUUUUGUGUUUGAACUUUGAAGUAAGCCCUGAACGCGAAAUCUUUACAUUUCAGAAUAGAACAAGAACAACUGAAACAAAUAUUCGAGCUGAUGGAAAAUGACAAAGCAAAGUAUGGAAUCGGUUCAAUGGAAGAUGUAGAGGAACAGAUGAAACGUUAUAAAACGUGAUUAAAGCCAGGGCUUGAAAAUAGACGUACGAACAUACGAUUGUACGUGGGAAAAUGCUGGGAACGUGUUUGCCUGAAAAUCGCAUCAGUCUCCGAUCCGAGUUAGCGUCAUCGAUUUUCACAUCUCGCUAUCCACAGGCACAGCACUUUGACGUGAAUGGUCCCAGAAUAUGGUCUUUGAGGGGAGCCGUACGAGGUCGUACGUUUCACAACAGAGCGAAUAUAUAUACUUUUGACUUAGAAAUGUAAUUAACCGUUAGCUCGUGGGCACUUGCCUAUUUGUAGGAACGUUCAUCUUCUCGUGCUUUGAAAAGUUGAUAGUCUGGAAAAUCGUACGUCAAACACAGAUUGCCGAUUAGUUGUUAAACAGGGAGCUAAAAUGUCAUCAUUCCUCAAAAUUUACAUUAAGAAAACUCAUAAUUAUAUUAAUUGUGGCAUUGUUUUUUUUCUCAGAACAACUAAGUUUCCUC